ACAUUUAAGCAUACGCCUUCAGAUCAUGAGAAACAUUUCAGUCAUGUGUUUCAAAACUUUUGACCGGUAGUGUAACCACUUGUGUGAAGUACAUGUGACUAGAUGUGUGAAGAUUUAUCUGUCGCCUAUACAAACCAUGUCCAUAGUGAAAAAGCUGAGAGUUGAGAUGAGGGAACAUGGCCUCUUCAUGGUGUUCAUGUCAUGUGUCUCCAGAGGAUGUGCUGUACAGCUCCCCCUUCGCCCAGACUGGAGUAUGAUGUUGUGUGCAUUGGACUGAGCGGUGCUGGCAAGAGCAGUCUGCUAUCUCGUUUGUGCAAUGAGAUCAGUAAUGGCACCGUACCAACCACAGGUUUCAGCAUCAAGGCGGUGCCAUUUGAAAAUGCGGUUCUGAAUGUGAAGGAACUAGGAGGAGCCGAGACCAUCAAGAAGUACUGGAGCCGAUAUUACCAAGGAUCCCAAGGUGUGGUGUUUGUCCUCAACAGUGCUGCAUCAGAUGAGGAGAUGGAGCUGUCCCGAUCUGAGCUCCACUUGGCCCUGCAACAUCCUCAGCUCUGUACCCUUCCUUUCCUCAUUCUCGCCAAUCACCAGGAUUCACCGGCUGCCCGCUAUUUACCGGAGAUACAGAAGUACUUGGAAUUGCAGCCCCUGGGACAAGGGAAGAGAUGGGUUCUUGCAGGCAGCACAACAAACAACAUGGAGGCAGUGAAGGAGAGCUUCAGUCAGCUCAUAAGCCUUUUGGAAGAGAAGGAGGUGCAACCUAACAGGAUAUGAUUCAAUCAAACUUCAAAGUGGAAAGUGGGUUUGAAGUGUUGUUUGCUAGAAGGAAUUUUCUGGACCUCUCCCUCGUAGAUGUUUUAUAACCCACCGGGGACAUAGAUGCAAACAACCACAUGUUUUGAUGAGUUGACUGGCAUAUUUGUUACCCUAAGGUCAAGGGCCACACAUAUGCUUAUUUGGUAGCAGGUGAACCAAAGUUCUUUAAAUAUAUCAGAUAUAACUUAUAUUUGUAAUAGUAAAAAGCUAUUUGUUGUUUAUCAGUUAGUUGUCAUGUGGUUAGUGUGUGGGAUAUGUGUAUAUUGUAUGGGCCAGUCCAUAUUUCUAAAGAUGGCUAAGAAUCUGAGCAUACAUGAUGAAAUCACAGAUUAAAGCAUAAUUUUGGAAAAACAUUUGGAAAAAUUAAUAUUAGACAAUUUCUGAAAUUCAGCCAAUCUCCUAGCCCCCACCCCACCCACAUGAAUCUUUCUGUUGCUUUUGCAUAGUCAUAUAAUUAGAAUGCUUUCCAAGACAAAUUGUUUUGUUUUUAUGAUACUAUGUUCCUUUUUGUCAGUUGACUAUCUAUAGAUGUCUCAAAUCAUGUUGUUAAUUUUGUUGUUUCAAAAGACGACACACCCAUUUACUUGGCGCUGCGUGAGCUGUUUCAGGUUCGGACUGGAAUAUAAACUCUAUCAAUCAGUGUCCACAACAGCUGCAUUUGACAAGUCCCUGUCCGCCAGGCUUAAGCCCUCCAACUGUCUGCAGAGACUCCUCCCCGUCUGCCAGCUCACUCCUCGCCCAGCCACUCUCCAAUGCCUCACCCGCUGCUUCCUGGUGGUAUUAUACAAAUUCCUCUACACAUAUUUAAAUUCCUGACUGCACACCUCUCCGAUGUAUGUCUCACAGGUGUCUCCAGACUUAAAUACUUUUAUCAGAGUAGUUUAGGUCUCACAUGCCAUGUUUCAUUAUAUUUAUAGUGUUAACUAUGUUUUAUAUUUUGCCCUCCAAUUACCACUUGAUUUCUUGUUUUUGAAAAACAUCUAUGUAGUACUGCCUUUGAUUUGAUUAAGCCCAUUUAUCAGUAAAUUGUAUAAUUUUAUCCUUGGUAUAACCAUCUACUGGGCAGGGAAGAGAAUUUAUAGUAAAAAUGGACUGCAGUAUUGAUCUGUCUCUCACCCACACCUAUCAUAUGGCUUCUGAAGAUAUGGAUUUAACCACUGGAGUCAUAUGGAUUACUUUUAUGCUGACUUUAUGUGAUUUUUGGAGCUUCAAAAUGUUGUCACCCAUACACUUGCAUUGUAUGGACCUACAGAGCUGAAAUAUUCUUCUUAAAAUAUUUGUUUGUGUUCAGCAGAAGAAAGGAAGUCAUUUACAUUUGGGAUGGCAUGAGGGUGAAUAAAUGAUUAGAGAAUUUAAAAUUCUGGGUGAACCAAAACCAAUUUUACCACUUUUUACAUAUGCAGUAUGGGUUUGAGAUUAUUACCGGCAUGGAAAUUUAAGUGUAAAAUGUGUUGGUUAUUUUCAAGCCAAUAGCUUCUUAGUUCCACCUGCAGCAAAAUCAAAGCUACACAGUAAAAUAAUCAAACUGUCCAUCAUAUCAUUGCUUCCCUAUCUAAUCUGUUUCGAACACAAAUUUCAUGCGCUCAUGAUCCUGAUGUAAAUAAAAAAAGGAAGUUAAACAUUCUCCGACUAAGUUCCUGAUGUACCCUGCCUUGACCAGGUUUAGUUUUUUUCUUCACCUUCUUUCAAACUGCCCACGUUGCUUUAAUACAAUGUCUGUCACGCAGGUUGCCCCUGCAUUUCUUUGAUCUGGUCUUCUUCUGUCUGUGGAUGACGCUCCUCUCUAGUCUGCUGCUCUCUUGUCUAGCCACUCACAGAGAAAGCCCUUUGCCCCUUCGCUCUGCUUUCCUUUGG